UCAUUUUUGAAGAUUGGCAACAUACAACCAUCCCAACACUGCAUCGCCUGGUCGGUUGAGCACGGCUGACACUCUUACAUGAAUGCAGUCCUUCGCCGGCAACAGCCUGCGAAGACGUCUGGCUGUUGAGUGUCUGACAUGUCUACAGCCCGCACGACGUAUAUCGUUGACCGGAGCCAUUGGGAAGGGCCUUCGAGAUGCUCAGCACAGCGCAAGCAGACAUGAGGCACGCUACACCAAUCCUCGCCCCGGUGACCUAGCCCAACCGAUACCAAAGGAGCGCAAUGCUGCUGUCGAGCAAGGCGGUCGACAAAAUGUGCGAAGCCGGACGUCCAACAGAAACACUCCGCAGGAAAGAGACGAGAAGCCGGCACGGACCCCAGCGUCGAUACCGACUGCACUUCCCUACACGACGGCGAGCUCAGAGUUCAUUUACGGAACAUUUUCCGUCCUCUCUGCCCUGAAGGCUAGAAGACGCAAACUUUACAGGCUCUAUCGCCUGAGGUCUCAGACCCAGGCCCGAGAUUCAGAUCAAUCAGCAGCAGCCAAAACAAAAGCCGAUCGGUUGGCGGAAUGGGACCAUACACAAGCGCAGGAGGAUAUCUACAAGCUUGCAAGAGCAGCAGGCGUGGAGGUCAAGGAUGUAUGGGGGCCUGAGUGGAACAGGAUUCUUUCAAAGGCUUCUACAGGAAGACCGCAUAAUGGCGUGGUUCUUGAGGCUUCUCCACUACCCAAACUCCCAGUCACAAGCUUGUCUUCUGUGAGCAAGCCUUCCGACGAUAUCCUCGCCAAUGUGGGAUGGGCUUCGCAAGAAGACCGGGAGGUCAACAGUGUCUUUGAGACCCGCGGCAACGUGGCCGUCAUACCGUCGGUCCGGCCAUCCCACCGCUAUCCUUUCAUGCUCCUCCUCGAUUGCAUUACAGACACUGGGAAUUUCGGAGCUAUUGUCCGAUCUGCCUGGUUUCUCGGGGUCGAUGCGAUACUCAUCCUUGAGCAUGGCACAGCUCCUAUCUCGACCAACAGUUUGAAGGCCUCGGCCGGGGCUUUGGAGUACAUGCCAAUACUACACGUGAAGAACGAAAGAUCUUUCGUCAAGGCUUCACGUGAAAAUGGGUGGAAAUUCUUCGCAGCCGAUGCCCCCGAAAAUCAAGACACAUUCCCCAGCCGACGCCGCAGAGGAGAGAAAGCUCAAAUGCUACCAUUCCAGGGGGCGCUGCUAAGUCAUUCCUGCGUCUUGGUUCUGGGCAAUGAAGGAGCUGGUGUCCGAGAUUUUCUGAAGUCGCUUGUGGACGGCAUUGUCGGUAUCCCUAACGCAAGACCGCAUGUUGGAGACAUUGACAGUCUCAAUGUCAGUGUGGCAGCGGCUCUGAUGACCCAGAAGUUUUUUGAUUCGGCUCCAGCGCCAAGUGGUACAGAGUAAAGGCCAACAACACAUUGCGGAUUGUAUAUGGUUUAUCUGACCAGAAGACACAACUGAAUCCCCAAGGCAAGCAAAGCAGGGCAAAUCAUGAGAUCCAUUCCAGCGAGUAAAUCGGGGUGUCCCGGCGGAAAGGAACCACGACGUCUGCAUUCGCCGAGUCUGAGCCCGCUCCCCCGCCCACGGUCAGUCUAGACAUGACUUUCUCAUCCCGGGCAGUGAUCUUGAUCUUCUCCGUGCUCGCAUCGACGCGAUAGAAUUGUCGACCAAAGACACCAAGGAACCCCUCCACCACAAAUUUGGACAAUUGGACUGGUUCAACCACUCCUUUAGCAACGGCGUCCUCGAAAGCCUCGAGCACCAGCUGCGUUGUGUAUGGUUGAGUAAAUACUCCCGCGGCACAUUUGCCAGCGUCGUGUACGCCCAACCCACCCUUUUUGGCCCGUAACGGAUGAGGAGCCGAGUCUGUGCCCAGGAAGAACUUUGGGUUACCGCUAGUUGCGGCCUUGAGCAAAGCGACCCGAUCGCUGGGGAGUUUUGCAACAGGUUUGCAAAAGUUGAUUGGGUCACCGGCCCAGUCGUCGAUGAUAAGAAACAGAUGGUGCGCCGUGAUGGUGCCGACGACAUUGGGUCCGCAUUUCUUGACCGCUUCGACCGCCGCGGCCGUCGUGCAGUGUUCGAGCACGAUGCGCAGCUUCGGGAACCGACUAUGGAGAUCGAGCAGAGUGGGCAAGAAUGCCUCCUCGGCGUUGAGGACCGUGAUGUCCUCGGCCGGUGGUGAUUCUCCGUGCAAAUUGAGGACCAGAUCUUCCUCCUCCAUGGCCUUGAAUACAGGAUAAAACUGUUCGUAAUUGACGACCCCGGACGCGGAAUUGGUCGUUACUCCCGCGGGAUACGACUUGACCCCGUGAAUCCCGGCCCGCUUGGCUUGUCGGAUCGUGUCUGGCGUGAUGGACGGAUGCAGAUACAAGGACAUGAGUAAGUUUGCGUUUGUAUGCUUAGCUAUCUCGGCCUUGUAUUGUAAAGCGUGUUCGACGGUCGUGAUGGGUGGAACUAGAUUAGGCUGUAUAAGCAGUACACCGUCAGUUAGCUCGAUAUAUGGAGGUAUCGCCCACCAACCUCGGAUGGAGAACAAAGUGGAAUUCAGGAUUUAAUUGUAGACUUGGACAUAACAAAUAUAACCACAAUCAAAAAGGCACAGCCAGAUAUACCUAGACCAAGACCAAGACCACAAAGAACUGCAAUUCAUAACAGCAAUAUCCCCCCAAACCAUGACCUAAGUCCCCGUAUCUCAAACAUCCAGCACCGAACAAGAACAUUAAACAAUAACCAGACCUGCCAGUAAACAGCAGUGCAACUUGAACAAUGCAAGAAGUAAUCCAACAGCGCGAACGCAAAUAACCCGACUCGACUCGGGGCUCGCGAGUUCAGAAAUGCAAGUCCGGAGUUCUCAUUUCAGUUUCAAUUCAUUUCCUUACCAUGACAAACACCGUAUCCACGCCCCCCCGCCUAAUCGUCGGCGCGACCGCUUCCAACAUUGCUCCCUCGCGCAAAUGGACAUGCAUAUCCGCCGAGGCGGGCAGGACGAAGCCGUCGAAGAGUCUGUGUGGACACA